ACUAAUUCUGUGGAUAUAAGGUCUUCGGACCAAACACACUACCCAGUAAACGAAAUAGAAUUGAUCGAUUUAGAUCUUUCGAGAUAUGCGAAAAGUCGGAAAGAUAGUUUUGAAUUGUUUGAGUUCUGUAGAAAUUGAAAUUUUUCAGCCUUAUAAAUUGGCGUUUCCUUUUUCUGGAAUUAGACUGGACUUCAACAGGUGGAACACCGCGUGUGUAACAUAUUAAACGAAGGAAUUUGCUAACUGUAGCACGUAUACCUAAGCAAACAGUAUAAUUUCUUCCCCCACCGCGCAUAAAGUGAAAUGUCCUGUGCUCCCGAUGGGAAUUAUACAUAUACAUACCUAUACGACUGACACUCGACGGAGAUCGUGACAAAACUAGAGUUUGCGGACUUUUAAAUUGCCAGAGAUCGCGCCGCGCAGUCGACAGUUGAGAUUGAAUUCGGUAGCGAAUUGACGCACGAACAAAUCGAACGAGACCGGGAUUUUUCAAGUGCUCAAAAAUGGUUCUUCGUAUUUAUAUUAUUGCCGUAUCGUGUCUGCUCGUGAUUACUGUACCAGUUUCAAAUUCGCUAGUGGAAAAAAACUCUGAAGAAAACGCGGGUAAUAUUGCACUUGCAAAAUUAGUUAAAAUGUUCUCGAAACCAGGAGCAUUUAAACAGAUCGACACGCUUCUGGGGGAGAAUUCGAUCGAGGAGAGCUCAACGUCUUGUCCAAAAGGUGAUGAUGGUUUGGCGUGUCGAAGAGCAGAGGCUCGAAAAUCCGUAGAUUGUCCCCACGGAGACUGUUAUUGCAACAAUUGCGCACUUGCUGGUCCUCAAAUGUGGGCUCCGUGUUGUCGUCAAGGUUUGAGAUGCUGUUCUCAUCUGGCAGCGGCAUGUAGAACGUGUGAUCAUCCAACGCUGUACCCAUUUUGUGCCAAACACUUCAAAAAAUGUACAAAUCAGUCUAACGAAGAGAAGGAGAAAUAAACGUAGUAUUAAAAAAUGGUAUUACAAUCGAAUAUUGGAUUGUUUGAAAAACCUGCAGUUACAAUUUAGGAUUUCAAAGUCAGUAGGAGCAGAAAAUUCCUUGCGAUAUUUAAGGCCCAUGGUGUUAUUGCAUAACUUGUGUUUAACUCACAACCACUUUGCUACAUAUUUCCUGAAUUGGCGAAUAUAAGAUACACUGGUUAAACUGGUUUUCUAACUUGAUCGGUAUUACCUGAUAGGAAAAAUAGUGUAACAUUGAGCCAGAGGAUCGAAAUAUUAUCUCUUUUCAAAGCAAGGCUAAUUAUCUGUAGGAAAUUAAUGGUAUAAUUGAAUAAGAUUUGAAGAAAUAAAAAUUUAUAUAAGGAUAAGUUUUACUAACGUGAACAAAUUUGAAAUAAGAUGUCUAACCAUCAUCAUUUAUCCAUGAGUUUUGAAAAUCUAUCGAGAUAGAUACUGAACUAAUCAACAAACUAAGGACAUGACAAGGACGCAAAAUUGCUGAUAUUACCAGUAGUCAGUAAGAGAAUGUAGCUUACGUCGUAUUGAAAAAAUGUAAAUAAUAAACCUUGUUUAAUAAAUAUGCAAGUAAUAAUUGAUAUAAUAUAUAAUAAUAUUAAUGAUAAUAAUAUUAAUGAUAAUAAUAAUAAUAAUAAUAGU